UUGUCAGCUUUUUUGCAUAUGAUCAAUACCUUUUUUUACACGGUUUUUGUAACACGGUUUUUUCUGGAACCAAUAUACCGGGUACAAACCAAAUUAGGUGUAUAUUUCUUUAAGUUCAAGCUGUUUCUAACGUCGAAUUAACCGCUUUAAGACCCGUUAACGCGUAAUGGAAACGCAUGGCCCGAGCGAUCUAUUCGGAUCCGCUUUAGUUCGAGAGAUACAGCCGGAACGCCCACUAUGGACCGACCCAACGUCGUCGAUUGUAUUCGCCUCGUCGUGCACGUGGCGGCCACCACACACCUCAGCAUUGCCAUUUACUACGAUUACAACUUCGCGAUCCUUCCCAAGCUGGCUAUGGAUCUGCAGUUGGAGCCGCCAUAUGGAGGGAAAUUCAAGUACUUGACAUUCAUCUGCGGUAUCAUUCAGACGUCCUAUUACACACUGGCGCUGGCUUACGAUGUUGUAGGGGGGCGGAGGAUACGCCGCCUACGAGACUAUCUGUUGGCCACCUACGUCGUGCCCCUGGCGCUGACCGUGAGCUUUACCUUCUGGACCCUGUACAGCAUAGAUCGUGAGGGGAUUUAUCCGAAGGUGCUGGACCUCGUCUAUCCAAACUGGCUGAAUCAGGCCAUGCACACAUACGUCGUUAUAUACGGUGUGGCCGAGCUGUGCGUGACACGCCAUAUAUAUCCCAGUCGUCGACACGGGUUUGCGGGGCUGGCCAUGUUCAUGGUCUGGUAUUUGGGAUGGCUGCACCUGCUCUGGUAUCGCACAGGCAUUUGGGUCUAUCCUUUCUUGGGCGCCCUCUCCUGGUAUGUGCGGAUCCUUUUCUUUGCGAUUAUUAUCGGCCUCGCCUUUGUGUACUAUAUGCUCGGGCAGUAUCUGAACUAUGUGCUAUGGGUUCGACCGAAAGGGGAACGGAAUGUACCUCCCAGAAUUGUUAGCUAUAGGUAGUCCAUAUAUGGAGGCGUAGUUGAGUAAUAUGAAAUAUAUUAAUUUUGAUAAAGAUUGCAAAACAUUA